GCUGUCGCUCGCCAUGGCCGUCCUGACUCUGAGGCCCCUCCUUCACCAACCACCAUGCCCCCCCAGCAGCGGCCACAGCCUCAGCAGCAGCAGGCGAAGGCGUCCCUGCUCGCCAACAUCGUCGGCAAGGCCCUCUCUGUCGUCGUAGUCCUCGGCCUCUCGCUCACCGUCUUCGCGUACCGCCGCUCUCUUGUGCCCCUGUACGGCACCGCGCCAGUUGAACUACACCUCAACAAGGUCGGCUGGGUCGCAUGCAUUAUUGGCAGCGUGAUACCGCUCAUGCCUCUUCAACAUGCGCUACUUGCGCUAGGGACCCUGCUCUGUAUGAUGCCCAACACAUCGUAUUGGGCUGCUGUAUACACUGGGCGGCUGCAUGAAGCGGUAUGGGGUUCGGUCCUGACGCACCUCGCGGUUAUAGCGCCUGCCAUGGCGCUUGGAGUCUGCACUGUACGAAUAUUGCAACACAAUCCUGACCCGGAACAAGGCGCAGCACCUCAGCAGAUGAUCACAGUUCCCGUGAUUCAGACUUCCGUCAUGAGUCUACAAGAGCUAUGGCCCCUCCUUCCCUAUGUCAAGGACCUAUCAAACGAAACGAUCAUCUUGCAAGUUGGUACGAUGAUGCUCGUGGUUUGGGCUGUCUAUCCCUUGUUACCCUCGUUGGCCUCAGAUGUGCCUAAAAUUUCGGUACCUGCGCCUCAGCCAACUGCGCCGCCGACUGCCAAAAGCAAGUCUCAACACAAGAAGAAAGGCUCUGCGACAAAGCCUGUCCCGGAAAUUUCAAGUAGCCCUCCAUCGUCUACACCCGCGCCGAAGAAAGCGAGCCCUCAGAAUCUGUCACGACUACUCCUCCUCCCACUCCUCCCAUUCCUUACUGGCACCGUCCUCCAGCCACCCACGCUAGUCGGAAAGAUAAACGCCACGCCAUAUGUACAUCCCACCUAUCCCCUACGGAUCCUAUCUUCGGGGCGAUCGCAAUUCUCAGGCGUCGUCGUGGUCGGCGAGGCGUUGACCUCAAGCCCCUCCGGCAUGCUUGGCAGUAUGCCGCCGAUGAGGUACCUCCGGGCGGGGCAUUCGUUGCUUGGGGGGAAUUGGAUGGGCGAAGACGUGAUCAAGAGAGGCCCGCUGGCCAUAAACCGCGAGACUGGUGAGAUGUUCGGGGAUUCGGUCUACAACGCGUUCGUGCUGCAGGAGGCCAUCCGACUUGUCGAGCGGCCUAAGCGGGACGUUCGAGAGCAGGAGAACGCCUUGGUAAUUGGCUUGGGUGUCGGGACAUCUGCGUCCGCUCUAAUGCGUCAUAACAUCUCUACUACGAUAGUCGAGAUCGACGAGGCUGUCUAUGACGCCGCAAGAAAGUACUUUGCUCUCCCUGAGCCGGAACCCAGCAAGCUCAUCUUGGCGGAUGCGAGGAAAUGGCUGAGGGAACGUACGGAUGACGCCGCGAAGGAGGCCGAGGCACAAGAACUAGGUCAAGGAGCAAACACGGAGUUGUAUGACUAUGUGGUCCAUGACGUAUUCUCGGGCGGAAGCCUGCCUACGUUGCUAUUCACGAAGGACUUCUGGAAUAGCACGAGCAAAGUCAUGAAGCCCGACGGGGUGCUUGCUGUAAACUUUGCGGGCGAGCUCGACUCGCCGUCGUCUCGCGCAAUCAUUGUCACGCUCGAGUCCAUGUUCGGACGGUGUCGUGUGUUCUGCGACGAACUGGAUCCUUAUGAGCAGCCUCAGCCAUACCACAACUGGCUCGUACUCUGUUCCAAAUCCACAGAUUCCCUUAUACUGCGCGCCCCCACCCACGCUGACUUCCUCGGCUCUCCGCAACGCGCAAAUGUCCUUUCCAGCCUCACAAGGCGCGAGGUCGACCUGCAAGCCGUACGCGACGCUGUGGAAGCGCUCGAGGAGAAGAAGCGCGAGGAAUACUACCUGACGGACGCGAAGGUCGCGGGAACGAUAGCCCGGUGGCAGGAGAAGGACGCUUUGGACCAUUGGCGAAUCAUGCGGAACGUAUUGCCUGAUGUUUUCUGGGAGACGUAUUGAGGUUAGAUAGGAAGUCGCGGUUGGUCCGGCCGCUUGAUGUCCAUGUGUGGGUAGAACUUGGUCGAUCACUUGAAGCCCCGUGUACGAAUUACAGUACGUGAUGGACGACACAUCUCUUCUGGUGAUGAUG